UCUUGCAUUCUGCAAGUGCACGAGGUGAUAUUCUAGUUGUCUCUUGAUCAGGGAAAGCUUUCACGUGAAGGAGAAAGCUUGGGAGGAAGGACAUGCCUGGUCUCUCGACAUAAAAAAAGGCUAAUUUAUUGCUAAGUACAGCUCCUGUAAAGCUAUGAAUAAUGUCUACAAGCUGCAUGCUCGGCUGAUCAAAGUGGGUCAACAUGAAAACUCCUCUUCUCUCCGUAAUCUUCUUCAGUGUUGUUUGGCUUCGGCAAAUUCUCUCAGUGACGCAGCAUUUUAUGCUCAUUCUCUCCUGCUUCACUAUCCAGUAUUUGACACAGACGCCUACAACUCUGUUCUCAGAGUACUUCCACGAUGGUCUUUCCACCGAACCUGCUCCCUUUUCUCUCGAAUGCAUCGAGCUGGUGUUCGGCCUGAUAACUUCACUUUCCCAUUUGUCCUUAAGGCAUGUUCUCCAUUGAAAAGGGGUAUUGAGCUUUCCUCUCUUAUUGUGAAGCUGGGUUUUGAUCCUGACAUCUAUGUCCAGAAUGCGUUGAUUAAUUUUUAUGGAUGUUGUGGCUUCGUAGACAUGGCACUCAAGCUGUUCGAUGAAAUGCCACAGAAAGACUUGGUUUCUUGGUCCUCUAUGAUUUCUUGCCUUGUGAAGAAUGAUUUUGUUUUCGAAUCUUUGGUCCUUUUUCAGCAAAUGCAACUAGAGGAGGAUGUCAAACCGGAUGGGGUUAUUAUGCUAAGUGUUAUAUCUGCCAUUUCUAUACUGGGUGCCUUGGAAUUGGGGAUUUGGGUUCACGCACUGAUUGCCAGGAGUGGGUUGCCUCUAACAGUUUCAUUGGGUACUUCUCUUAUUGAUAUGUAUUCAAGAUGUGGCUGCAUUGAUCGCUCGGUCAAAAUUUUUAAUGAAAUGCCUGUUAAGAAUGUUAUUACGUGGACUACGUUUAUAACUGGAUUGGCAGUGCAUGGCUAUGGUAGAGAGGCUUUAAAUGCAUUUUAUGAGAUGAAAAGUUUUCAUUUUAAGCCUGAUAGUGUUGCAUUUAUUGGUGCUUUACUGGCUUGUAGUCAUAGUGGUCUCGUGGAGGAAGGCUGGCAGAUUUUUGAAAGCAUGAGGAAUGAGUACCACAUUGAGCCAAUGAUUGAGCACUAUGGUUGCAUGGCUGACCUUUUAGGCCGUGCUGGUCUCCUCCUUGAAGCUUUUAAGUUAGUGGAGGAAAUGCCAGUCCAGCCAAAUUCUGUUAUUUGGAGAACUCUUCUUGGAUCAUGUGUUAAACACGAUCACCUGCAGUUGGCCGAGAAGGCUAGAAAUCGAAUCCUUGAGCUAGACGCACAUCAUGGUGGUGAUUAUGUGCUUUUAUCAAAUGCAUAUGGUGUAGUUGGUAAAUGGACUGAGAAGGCUGGCUUGAGGAACUCAAUGAAGGAGAAUAAAAUUAUCAAGGAGCCUGGCCAUAGUUUGAUCAACAUUGAUCAAGAAAUUCAUGAGUUUGUAUCUGGAGAUUGUUCUCAUCCACAAUGGGAGGAGAUUAGACAGUUACUAGUUUCAGUUAUAGAUACUCUAAAAGGUGGAGGUUACAGUCCUAAUACAUCCUCCGUGCUGCAUGACAUUCAAGAGGAAGAAAAGGAAUAUAGUCUGAGUUAUCAUAGCGAGAAACUGGCAGUGGCUUAUAUGCUUGUUAAUCAUCAGGAUAGAAAAACCAUAAGGAUCAUCAAGAACCUUAGAAUAUGUAGUGAUUGCCAUGAUUUCAUGAAGCAUGUUUCAAAUAUCUUUAACAAACAUAUCAUUAUUCGGGAUCGAACUCGUUUCCAUCAUUUUAGCAAGGGAUCAUGUUCUUGCCGAGAUUAUUGGUAAAGGAUGUCUUGUGCCAGCUUAUCAUGAUUUUGCUGCUCAGUUGCUGGGCGUAUAACGUCUCUCUUUGAUGGUUGUACGAAGUCUGGCUAACCGGAUCAUUGAGUUGAUAAAAUGAAUUUUUUGAAGCUGUCAGAAACAGUAAUAUGGAGGAUGCCAAAGUCAAAUCCUCUGAACAAGAAAAAUAUCACCAAGCAAGAGAAUCAAGAAAUGUUGGAUUUACCUCUAAUCAAGGGAUAGAGGAAGUGAAAAAGAACAAAACUACAAUCUCAACUGAGCAAGACUUGUAUGUCUUUCUUCUGGGAGAAAAGGGAGACACUGAUGAUGAAGCAGCUCUGCAGUGACGUCCAAGAUAAGAAUGCUGGAAAGCUCCAUCUCAUCACCACCACCACCACCAUCAUCAACAUCUUGAAUUGCUAAAUUUGAUGCCUACAGGCUUCUUCUGCUCUGUUUUUCUGCCAAUUUUUUAAUUAAUAAUCGGGCUUUUGAGCCCAGUUAAAUUCAUUUUGAGUAGUUUCUUAAUUUAGCCUGAUCAACAAGUGUUCCCAAGAAGCUCCCUGAAUCCAUUUGAUUUCUUUUAUAUUGCCUCCAGGUGAAAUAAACUAUAGGGAUGCAGAAGCUACAGAACUAUUCAGCAGGAAGUUCUUGAAAAUAUAUUAUAUAGGUCAUGUGAACAGUGUAUAGCUGAGGGGACUCCAAGAUACAAGAUGAGCUCAUGAAACGGCACCCGUUGCCUGACCUUUU